AACGAACGACUCGGACCAGAAGACUCGAGAGGUGAACUAAUAAUUUAUAUUUCCUGUGUGAGCAAUGCAUAGCAUAUACAGCUGUCACAUGACAAAACAAUGAACGACUCGGCCAGAAGACUCGAGAGGUGAACUAGUCAUUUCUGUUUCCUGUGUGAGCAAUGCGUAGCGUAUACGGCUGUCACGUGACAAAAGAACGAACGACUCAGACCAGAAGACUCAAGAGGUGAACAAAGACCAUAACUACAAUGAUACCAGCCUCUUCGCUCAGAGGAACGGUGCAUCUCUACAUGGAUUUACUUUAAGACAACUACAAGAAACUAAACUACACAGGGCACUAUUGAAUUGUAGCUUGAGGAGUUCGAUAUAAAGGUUAUAUCGUUUCAGGCCCAAGACUCUGCCGCUUUGGAAACAAUUGGGGCACAACAUUAUGGUUUGAAGACAAUAAAAGAUUUCACCCCUCCUUUAUAGACGUCCUUUAUAUAUUUGCAUAUUUAUUUCUAUUUAUUGAGAGUUGCACAAUGAAGAAACAGCCAGUCAGACAUUUGACUGCUGGCUGAAACCGUACAGGAACGGAAAACGUUAAAACCAGCAAAGCCGAGGGAAGAAGGACGUUAGGAAAUAAUUCAUAAUGCUAGACAACUCGAAGGUCCACAUCGAAUUAGGUGUUGCCAAGAUAUUAAGCAGCCCUGAACCCCUGAAACCUCAAACAUCGUCCAGGAAUGACAACAUGACGGAAAGCCAGCCUAGUGACUCUUCCUUAUCCUUCAAUGGCAACGUUCACAGUCCUGUCAAGGAAUCUUUCUCAAGUAGCAACAGCACUAAUAGACACUCCAAUGCUUCUGAAGUCCAAGGAGCUGAUAGCAAAGCACUUUCCAACAGAACUUCUUCUCAAAUCAGCACAGGAACUUCUGCAGUACAUGAGAUUGUCGACAGGAGGCACAGUUUAGGAACAAGAUCUGAGAUCUCUCAGACUUCCAAUGCUCCCACGGAAGUUUCCCAAAGUUCUGAUGGCAGGUUUCUUGUGACUCCUGCGAAUGAUCAACAGAAGUCAUCUUGUAAUAGCGGGUGCUCUUGUUGCCGGAAGAUGCAUAGGGCGUUUCUACGCAGUUUGGAGGAGACGCCUUUAAUGGUGUCUGGAUUAGUACUGACGAUCCUCUUCUGUGUCACUAUUAUCAUUAUCAUCCCUUCCACUGGCAGGAGCCUGAGCGUUCACGUCGCAGCGUUUGCAGUGGUGUGUGUGGUGCUGUGUGUAUGUGUGCCUCUUCUCCUCUGUAUGCCAUGUUUGCCGGUGGUCCGGCGGGGUGAAACGCCACUUGCGCUCUUCGUCUGGUUCAUGCUCUUCAUCAUCGCCUUCGUCUUCAUCUUCACUGGAGGAGUCGUCAAUGCCUGGGAGCAGGUGGCAUUCUUUCUAUUCCUCUCAUUGUCUGUGUACACUGUACUUCCUCUUAAACUCUCAUGGGCUUUGAGUUUUGGCAUUGGAGCAAGUGUGUGCCAUAUUAUCGUCAUCAGUGUGUAUGUAUCUGUCACCAGCAGAGAGACAAGCGACCUGGCAGGGCAGUUGGUGGCGAAUGCAGUGUUGUUUGUGUGUGUGAACACUGUGGGUGUGUUUCACUUGUGGCACACCGAACACGCUCGCAGGAAGUUCAGCAAAAAACGAGAAGAUUUCAGCCAAAACCGCUCCACACAUGCCAAGAAGAAACGCGACCAGGAGCACCUCCUUCUGUCAGUGCUGCCACGGUACAUCGCCUUGGAGUUGAAGUCAGAAAUCGUCAAGCGUCUGUCCAAAAAAUGUUUCGCAGAAGAGAACCCAGCAAAUUUCCACAGUCUUUACAUCCGACAACACAGAGAUGUCAGUAUCUUGUACGCUGACAUCGUGGGCUUCACACAUCUCUCGAGCACCUGCACGCCCGAGGAACUGGUCGUCAUUCUCAACAAGCUCUUCGGCAGGUUUGACGACAUUGCAAAGAAAAAUGAGUGUUUGCGUAUUAAAAUUCUUGGGGACUGUUAUUAUUGUGUGUCGGGUCUUCCAGACCGAAUCCCUCAUCAUGCUCGCAACUGCGUUCAGAUGGGUCUGGACAUGUGCACGGCCAUAAAUAAGCUGAGGGAAGCGACGGACGUGAACAUCAACAUGCGAGUGGGCGUGCACACUGGUAACGUGCUCUGCGGCGUGAUUGGUCUGCAGAAAUGGCAGUAUGACGUCUGGUCAGAUGACGUGACUCUGGCCAAUCACAUGGAAUCUGGAGGAGUGCCGGGGAGAGUCCACAUCACAGAGGAGACAUUGGGUCACCUGGAUGGGCAAUACCAAGUGGAGGAAGGAAAUGGGGGGAGUCGGGUUUCUAGUUUAAAGGGAAGGAAAACAUACUUAGUAAUUGAUCCAAACUCCAAAAACCCCUCAAAUACAACACCAGAGACUCAUGAACUGAAAGUAAACAACAGACAGAACGGACAUCUCAGAGUGUCUGUGAAAAUGUCGCAGUACCUGCAAUCCUGGAAAACCGUUCACCCGUUUUCUCAGCUCAACCAACCACAAACCUCACUUGCAGUUCUGCCCACUGCCCACAGCAGCGUCAGCCAACCACAGCCGACAACACUUGAGAGCACACAAGCAGCUGUGGACAUUCACAGGUCUUCACAAGUGCUGGAAAAUGCAUUGACAGACACAUUAGACUCUCCGGAUGAAGGGAGAAGAGUGAAGCUGAACAGUCUGAUGUUAUUUUUCAAUAAUCUUCAGGUGGAGAAAGAGUAUUCUUUAAGUGAUGUCCAGGGGCUGCACUACUCUGUCGGUUGUUUGUCCAUCAUCUUCAUCACUGUGUUCGUGGUUCAAAUGCUCACCUCACAAAAGAAUUUUGCAUUGGCAGUGUCAUACGGUUCGACCUUCCCUGUGCAAAUAUUGAUUGUUCUUGUGGUCUGCACGAAAUUCCUGAAGCACUGGGACUCGAAGAUUCCCCCCAGCAUGCGUUGGGUGUCGCAGCUGUCGGAUGGAGUGGCCACCAGGGCGGCACUGCGGUUACUGCUGGUUUUUCUAUGUCUGCUUAUCACACUGCUCAUGGCCAUUCUCAACAUAGUUUUUAUCCCCGGUGAUAUCUGCUUGAAUGUUUCCCACAAUGCAACAGCACUAAACACUCUCCAUCUCUACACUGUUCCGUAUUAUCUGUAUUGUUGUCUGUUGGCGAUGUUGGGUGUGAUAGUGUUUGUGCGAGUGUGUGUGUCUAUUAAAGUCUUCCUCCUCACACUCGCUGUGGUGGUCUACCUCGCUCUCUUCCUUCAUGUGUACGCACAGCGCUCCGAGUGCUACAUGAAACAACUCUACACCAACAACAGCAUACCGGGAGUUCUUAAGGAGCCCAGGAUCAUGUCAGGCAUUUGGCUGGUCAUCUUCUACUUGACAUCCCUUAUUCUUGUCCGACAGGAUGAGUUGGGCUCUCGGACAGAGUUCCUGUUGGAAAAGCGUUUUAAAAAAGAGACCGAAGAGAUGGAGACAACAAAGAAUGUCAACAAACUCCUCCUGCAGAUUUUACUGCCAGAACAUGUCACUGAUUUCUUCAUCGGAAAGGACGUCCCAAACCAUGAUCUGUACAGCAAGUCUUGUGAGUGUGUGUGUGUCAUGUUUGCGUCCAUACCGCAGUUCUACAAAGAGUUCUACAACGAGAGCAGCGUUAAUAACAACGGACUGGAGUGUCUCCGCUUUCUCAACGAGAUCAUUUCAGACUUUGACGAGCUUCUUAACAAGCCAAAAUUCAGCGCCGUUGAAAAGAUUAAAACCAUUGGCAGCACUUACAUGGCUGCUGCCGGACUGACCAAUCCUGCGAAAGGAGAGGAGCGGCAUGUCUGUGAUAUGUCCUUCAAUCACGUUCGCAGCAUGCUGGACUUUGCUAUUGCUCUGAUGGGACGACUGGAAAAUAUAAACAUGCAUUCCUUCAACAGCUUUAAACUCAGGAUAGGGAUAAACCACGGUCCUGUGAUCGCAGGGGUCAUCGGCGCUCACAAACCUCAGUAUGAUAUGUGGGGAAACACAGUUAAUGUGGCCAGUAGAAUGGAUAGCACUGGAGUACUCAAUAAAAUACAGGUGACGGAUGAAACAGCGGCAGUCGCGCGAACCCUGGGCUACAGCGUAACUCUGAGAGGAGUGAUCAGCGUCAAAGGCAAAGGAGAACUGACCACAUACUUCAUCGAUACUGAGUCUUCAAACCUUAAUCUAACACUUUAGUGCCAGUCACACACUUACCUUAUACUUACGUUUCACGUAAUGUUCCUGUAGCUCAACUAGUAAAGCACUAAUGUUGUGGGUUCGGGGGGCCUGGGUAGCUCAGCGAGUAUUGACGCUGACUACCACACCUGGAGUCGCAAGUUCGAAUCCAGGGUGUGCUGAGUGACUCCAGCCAGGUCUCCUAAGCAACCAAAUUGGCCCGGUUGCUAGGGAGGGUAGAGUCACAUGGUGUAACCUCCUCGUGGUCGCUAUAAUGUGGUUCUCGCUCUCGGUGGGGCGCAUGGUGAGUUGUGCGUGGAUGCCGCGGAGAAUAGCGUGAAGCCUCCACAUGUGCUACGUCUCCGUGGUAACACGCUCAACAAGCCACGUGAUAAGAUGCGCAGAUUGACGGUCUCAGAUGCGGAGGCAACUGAGAUUCGUCCACCGCCACCCGGAUUGAGGCGAGUCACUACACCACGAGGACUUAGAGCGCAUUGGGAAUUGGGCAUUCCAAAUUGGGGAGAAAAAAGGGGAGAAAAUCUCAAAAAAAAAAAGGUUGUGGGUUCGAUUCCCACACUGAUAAACGUAUACCUUGAAUGCACUGUAAGUCACUUUGGAUAAAGCGUCUGUCAAAUGCAAAAAUGUAAAUCUCACAAAAACUGACCUAGCACUGACCUUAACUAAACUUAAAUAUAAACUUAGCUAGCCUUUCUGAAGUAUGCCUACUUAUGAAAAACAAGGGAAAUAAAAUGAGGUUUACAAUAGUUGCUCUGUAUUUUGCUAAUUUUCAAAGUUGUCAACUUUUAUAAAUUUCCAAUGUGCAUUAACUUUAGAAUAUAUAUAUAU